GGCCGCGCGACGCCGCUCGCGGGGCGGGGCGGCGACACAAGGACCUGCUGCGGGCCCACCUCGGCUGUUUCUCUGGCCUGCUUUCUCGCUCACUGUCUUUCUGUGCGCUCGGUCCGGCACGAUGGGGAAGCGGGACAAUCGGGUGGCCUACAUGAAUCCAAUAGCAAUGGCCAGAUCAAGGGGUCCAAUCCAGUCUUCAGGGCCAACAAUCCAGGAUUAUCUGAAUCGACCCAGGCCUACCUGGGAAGAAGUGAAAGAGCAACUAGAAAAGAAAAAGAAGGGCUCUAAGGCUUUGGCUGAAUUUGAAGAAAAAAUGAAUGAGAAUUGGAAGAAAGAACUAGAAAAGCACAGGGAGAGAUUAUUAAGUGGAAAUGAGAGCUCAUCCAAAAAAAAACAGAGAAAGAAGAAAGAAAAGAAGAAAUCUGGUAGGUAUUCAUCUUCUUCUUCAUCAAGCUCUGAUUCUUCCAGCAGUUCUUCAGAUUCUGAAGAUGAGGAAAAGAAGCAAGCAAAAAGGAGAAAGAAAAAGAAGAACCGUUCACAUAAAUCUUCUGAAAGCUCCAUGUCAGAAACUGAAUCAGACAGUAAGGAUAGUUUAAAAAAGAAAAGGAAGUCAAAGGAUGCAACUGAGAAAGAAAAGGAGAGUAAAGGACUUAGCAAAAAAAGAAAGAUGUAUCCUGAAGAUAAACCUUUAUCAUCUGAGUCCUUAUCCGAAUCAGAUUAUAUUGAAGAGGCACUGCCCCUUACAGGAAGGUGUUGCCUCCUUUUCUUACAGAUGAUGAAGGUACGAGCAAAAAAGAAGAAAAACAGUGAAGAACAAGAAAAAGCAACAGAAAAAACAAAAAAGAAAAAGAAGCAUAAGAAACACAGUAAGAAGAAGAAAAAGAAGGCUGCUAGUUCAAGUCCUGACUCACCAUAACAUUAACAAAAACCAGGAUUCCUUUAUGAAGAAAGUGCAAUGUCUAAGGAAAUUUCAACUGUGAAAAUUAUCAUAUAUUUACUAAAAUGCAUGAAUUUUCUUGUUUUUAGAAUUGUUCUUGGACUAUUCAAUAGCCACUCAGAUGCCGCUAUGUGAAAGGGCCAUAAUUGUUGCUUGCUGCUUGAACAUCUACUUUUUCUCCUUCAGUGUGUGAUAACCUCAGGAGAUAAUACACUGCAGUCGUACUAGUGGUUAAGAUAUUUGGGGAUAAAGCUAAUAUUUUUGACUAGAACUAUCUAGUGGUAAAUCAACAGAAAUUGAAUCUGGAUACCUCUUUAAGAUGUAAUCAGAAAUGGCCAGAUGACUCUAGUUAAAUUUUUUUAAGUAGGGAUUACAUUAAUAUUUUUGAAUUCCUUACUCUGUAGAUAGAUGUAAUUUUUCCCCCAAUAUCUUUUAUUUACCUUGGGAAGGAGCUUUUCGGGUGGAGGGAGGGGUGGUUUACUAUCUUUAGCUCACAGAAUAGUGUGCCUUUGAUCCUCACACAUCCUACUUUCGUGGACACAGUAGCCAUGCUUACUGGGGAGGUCGGAGCUGGGUACCAGCAGUCUUGCCCUUUACUGAGCUUAAUGACAUCCAUGGACUUUGUCAUAUGCUGCUUUGAGUAAACCAGAGAAACAGCCCUUUGCAGCGUGAGAAAGCCCCAAAGUUCUGGGUUUACCUCCACAUCAAUAACAACGUUUUUUAGCUUUAGAAUAUGUUAAUAUCAUUUGAAUUAAUUUUUGACUAUACUUUGGCUUUGGAGAGGAAUUGUUUCAUAUAGACACUGGUACUUUUUGAACUUAAUAGCUAAAUAUUCUAAAGUGCAUGUUUUAUAUGUUGAGUUUUAACCAGUCAGGAAAAUUUUAUGUAACCAAUGAUAGUUUAUUUUUUUGUAUGAAUGUUGUUUAGCCUGCCAUGUUUAGCUUUUGUUAACUCUUUACUCUUGCUGUCUCAAGUUCAUUAUUAUGUUUAAUGGCACCCUUGCCAAGAUAUUUAGCAUGUAAAAAGGUUUUGAUUUUUUUGUUUUUAAACAGCUUCAUAUUGAAGCUGAGACUUAUAAACAAGUUGAGUGGCAGGCCUGGUAUGCUAUAUCUUGUUACAUAAAGCUAUUGCCAGAAUCUUAGUAAAUACAAUGUUUUAAAAGUUUGUUGUCUUUGUAUAUUAAUAACAAAUUAUGACAAGUUAACUUUAAGUAAGAAUUGUAUUACUGCUCUUCUUGUGUCAUAUUUUACUAAGAUUUUGUGCCUCAUAUCUCUUACUGAAUUAUUAGGAAUGUUAAAAGGAAUUGAUUUUUCAUUUUACAUUUUUAUAUAAUCAGGUAAUAUGAAAUAUAAUUUGAUGUACAAUUUUGCCUGUUACAGAGGGUGUGUGCUAAUUAUAGUGGUAUAUGCACAGAACAUUUUGGCAUGACAAGCUGAAUAAAUAGCUAUUUUACUUAAAAAUAGCUGUGUUCGUAUGUGGUCACAAGCAAAGCUAUAACGAAAAAUGCUAUUCAUUGUUAGUAGUAGAUACACUAUAUCCUCAAGUUUUUAGCUAUAAGAAUAACAUUUCUUUAAAUAGUAUGCUUAAUGCUGCCUAUUUCCUAAUAAAAAAAAAAAAUACCUGUGUGCUCUUUAGUACACAGAAAAUUUUACAUCCCAAAAGGAAAUUUCUCAAAAUGUUAUUCAUAAACAUGCUAAAAUACUAAAAAGUUUAUUAGGUAGUUGAGUUUUUCUGUGAAUAUAAAACUGUACCUUUAGAGAAUAAUUGGGAAUAUGGCAUUUACAGCCUGCUAGAAGGAAAUGCUCAUUAGACUGGGGAAAGGAAAAAGUUUUAUUUUUUUCAAAUUCUUGACUGGGAAACACCAUUUUUCAUGGUUCCUCUGAUCUUCCAGUCUUUCACUAAGGUAUAAAAAGAUUAUUUGACAGGGUAAUGUCAGUUAUGUUUAUUCCAUAUUUGUUACAGUGUCCAAGUUAUUAAUACAUCUUCUCCCUCCACCAAGCUAUUCCUUUUCCUUCUUGAGUAACUUCGUCUUAAUUUUAGAAACCCAAGACACGCUAUUUGGAUACUGGUACUGGGAUAAUUGCCAAAAAUUGUGAUGGGUUUCUAGAUGGAAAAAAAUGAGUUUAUACCAGUGCUACUCAUUUUUUGUCACUUUAGAUUCCUUUGGCUACUUUGAGUAUAUUUAGGUGUUUUUAUCCUAAUUUUAUUUUAUACAGGUUCAUAUUCCUUCAAUCAAGAUAUACUAAAAAUGCCAGGGAUUUAGCUCAGUGGCGCUGCGCCUGCCUCAAAAGCGCAAGGUCCUGAGUUCGAUCCCUAGUACCGCAAAAACAAACAAGCAAACAAACAAAAACUACAAAUCUAUCCCUUAAUUUUCAGUCUUUUUGUAAUAAACAAUAGAGUAGUGGAGAAA